AUGCCUCGCAGCCAGCUCGACGGCGGCGGCGACGCGUCAUCGCCCAUGUCGGGACUGGAAAUCUUUGGCGCCGUCAUCGCCGGGCUGGACGCGACGAUCCUGAUCGUAUCCAAGGUGCACGAUGCCAUACGGGACGCCAAGGAGCUCCCCGAGCGGCUCCGGGGAUACAGAAAGGAGCUCGAGAUGGCCAAGACGAUCGUCAGGAGCUCAUGUGAAGAGCCGACGAUACGAACGAAGAAGGAGGUGGUGGAGGCGGUGCAGGAGAUUGGCGUCGUCGCCUUUGCGCUCGACAAGUGCCUGAGGCAGCUCGACCAGGGACGGGGCCGGGUGAAGCAGAUGGCCCAUCAGCUGAUCAAAGGCGGCAAGGAGGUGGGUGAGAUUGAGAAGUCGAUGGGAUACCUCGGCCGUCGAAAGGACGACCUGGUCGUGCUCAUCGGCCUCCUCAACACGUCGCUCUCGCAAAAGGUCAAGGAGCAGCUGGAUCGACUGGAAAGCAGGUACGCGUCCGGCUUGGCAUCCGCGGCGCUCGCGAAGCCGCAUCGGGAGACGUGCCGGACCGUGACGGACAAUACGGCGACGGGGGCCUCGUUCAUGUUCAACGGGCCCGUCGUGACGGGGCCGUCGGAUCGCGACCCGUACGCCGACAUCGACAAGGUUCUCAUCCACGGGAACCGGACGGAGGGGAGCGCGACGAUGCUCAACUACGCCGUCCACAUUGAUGUGCUCGAAAGGCUGGCGGACAACUUUUUGAAAAAGGUUCGCGGCGAGGUGGAAGACGAGGGUCGGAACGGUCAGAACGGUCAGAACGGUCGAGUCUGA